AUAAUGUUCUUAAUAAAUGUAUUCUGUUCAAAUAUCGCUCAUUGCUGCGCGCGCGUAUUUAAUGUAAUAAUUUAUGUGGUUCAGAUUAUAUAUAUGUUAUAUUUCUACUGAUUCUUACACUAUAAUCAUUCGUGUUAUGCGCAAAACUAUUCUUACAGUGUCAUUUUUAAAGUAAAUUGUUUAUUCAAAUUUAAAAAAUCUAAAAAAAAUUUAGAUUACAAUGGCAGAUAUGUCAAUGAAUAUUGUUACUCCGCGAAAAAUGUCUUUUGGUAUUAAUGGAAAGUUAAACGGUUUAGAAAGUAAAACACCUUUUUUAAUUGGAGUUUCAGGUGGUACUGCCAGUGGGAAAUCAACUGUAUGUAAACGUAUAAUGGAAAAACUAGGACAAGUAGAUAUGGAUCAUAUGCAACGACAAGUAGUUUGUAUUUCACAAGAUAGUUUUUAUCGAGAUUUAUCACCAGCUGAAAAACUUAAAGCUGAAAAGGGUCAAUAUAAUUUUGAUCAUCCAGAUGCAUUUGAUAAUGACUUGAUACUUCAAACAUUACAAGAUAUAUUAGCUGGUGUAAAAUGUGAAAUACCAGCCUAUGAUUAUAGAAGUAAUAGUUUAAUGAAAGAUCAAAUUACAACAAUUUAUCCUGCUGAUGUUGUUUUAUUUGAAGGUAUUUUAGUGUUUUAUUUUCCUAAAAUACGAGAUUUAUUUCAUAUGAAAUUAUUUGUGGAUACUGAUUCAGAUACUAGAUUAGCUAGAAGAGUACCAAGAGACAUAAAAGAAAGAGGAAGAGACUUAGAUUAUGUAUUGAAUCAAUACAUGAAUUUUGUAAAACCUGCAUUUGAAGAAUUCUGUCUUCCUACUAAAAAAUUUGCUGAUGUUAUUAUACCAAGAGGUGCAGACAAUACAGUGGCAAUAGACCUUAUAGUGCACCACAUCUGGGACAUUUUGCGUUUGAAAAAGGCUGAAAACUCAUCCAGGCAGCAUCCAUACAUCUAUCAACAUAGGCGUACUUCGACUAACUCAUCCGAAACGCUCAGCAGAUGAUUUUAGCAUGAUAUGCGCACUUAUAAACAUUACACUUUGAUAUACUAUAUAUUGAUGUAGGAUAAAGUUUGCAGUAAUCUUAAAUCUUUUUCUUUUUUAAAUACAAAAUAUAUCUCUUAUAUACUUAUACAAUCGUAUUUAUAUUACAUUUAUACUAAGUCGCAAACAAUAUUGCUUCUAGUAUGUAUGUACUUAUUAAAUCAUUAUCUUACUUAGGUAAGAUUUCACUAUUCCUAAAACUAGGAUAUAGUGUAUAAUUAUACAAAAUACCUCGUUUAAAUAUUAAAUAUUCCAAUAUUGCAUAAUUAUUCAAGUUUACUCAUAAGAUUGCUCUA